AUGGUUUCCAACUAUAGAGUACCGCCGAAGUUUGACGAAGCUCGGCCGUAUGAGUGUUGGAAAAAUGAAGUUAGUAUUUGGAGACUUGUUACGGAGCUGGACAAGACAAAACAAGCGCUGGCAGUGGCGCUUGGGCUCGAAGGGAGAGCCAGAGAAACGGCGCUGGAAAUAUCCGAGGUGGAUUUAAACAAAGAUGACGGUAUGGAGACGUUACUUGCAAAACUGGAUGCGGUGUUUUUGAGAGAGGAAAAGGACCGCGCGUACGAAGCGUACUCUCAUUUUGACUCCAUCACUAAAGGCAGUGCUUUGUCCAUGGCGGACUACAUCAUUGACUUUGAGCAGCGGUAUAACCGCAUGAAAAAGUACAACAUGACCCUUCCUGACGCUGUACUGGCUUUCAAGCUCCUGGACACGGCAUGUCUGGAGGAGAAAAGCAGACAGCUGGCAUUGACUGCGUGUACGGAGCUGACUUUUGCAUCAAUGAAGUCCGCAUUAAAACGCAUAUUCGGAGGAAAAACAGCAUGUGGGACAAACGCCAUCGAGGAGAUUCAAGAUGGUGCAUUUUUCACGGAGCAACGGCCCAAUGUGAAAUUCAAACGUAGCAAUGGCUCGUCCCAGAGCGGAUAUCAGCGGCAGCAGCAAGGAACGAAUCCACUUGACAAGUACGCUGAUAUUCCCCUGUUGUUGAGCAAAACGUCCCUGAAAAGAGCAGGAACUAUUUUAGACAUGGAGAAUGACAGAGUUGUCAUGUUUAAGCAGACUGUGCCUCUGGAGCUUACAAGUUCAGGACACUAUUGCGUGGACAUUAGAGAUGAACAUGCUGAAGUGAGCUGUAAUGAAAGUGAAGUCCUAGUUGUCACUGGAGAAAUGUCCACUAAAGAAAAGCGUAAAGUUCUUCUAAAACUUCACAAGCAGUUUGGCCACGCAUCUGCAGAAAGACUUCAGAAGCUCAUUCAAAGCUCCGGAAACACUGAUCAAGACUGCCCCAUCAUUCUGCAGGAGAUCAUUCGUGACUGUGAGAUCUGCCAAAGAUACAGCAGGUCCAAGCCAAAGCCUGCUGUUGGUCUGCCAUUAGCUUCACAGUACAAUGAGACAGUGGCUAUGGAUCUUCAUGAGCUGGAGCCUGGCGUAUGGUACCUCCACAUCAUCGAUCAUUUUACACGUUUCAGCGCUGGAAACAUUGUGAGAACCAAGAAACUUUCGGAGAUAGUCAACUCGUUCAUUCACUCGUGGAUAAGUGUCCAUGGCGCACCAAAACAGAUCUACACAGACAACGGCGGGGAGUUUAACAAUGCAGAGAUACGAGACAUGGCAGAGAACUUCAAUAUUGAGACUAAGACAACAGCAGGAUACAGUCCCUGGAGCAACGGACUGUUGGAGAGACACAACAUGACACUAACUGAAAUCCUUCUAAAAGGGGACCAUGGGGGCCCUCUCAUGUGUAAAGUAGAGGGUUCCUGGUUCCAGGCCGUGGUUCUGUCCAACAGCAGCAGCAGGAACCGAGCCCAAGUCCAGACCUUCACCAAACUGAGCUCCUACAACAGCUUCCUGACCUCCGCCGUGGGCCCCUUCCUGUCCCCGCCCUCGCCAGCCACAGCCGCCACUGCCGCCACCACCACCACAGCCGCCCCAACUACUUCCACAGGCGCCUCCUCAGGCUCCCUGCUGCUCACACUCCUGCUGCUGCUGUUCUGGGGCUGA